AUGGAUAAACAAAAAUCUUUUGAUGAUGAUUUCGAGGAUAAAAUUAUGGCUCUGGAUUAUGAUUCAUUAGCACACAUUUUUAUGUGGCUUCCAGUAUCCGAGAGGAUAGUCAUGGAAAAUGUUUGUCACAAAUGGAAACAGGCUUGUCAACGAUCAUGGUAUGACAUCAAAGAAUACAAUUGUGGUGUAUCAAUUGAUGAUGAUGAAAAAAUAUUAUUACGAUGUGGUGUUUAUAUAAGAGAAUUGACUCUUACCGAAGUUUGCGACUCAAGCAUCCUUUCAAUCGUUGGUGAACGAUGCAAAAACUUAACAAAACUUGAAUUUGUAUUUGAUGAAACAUCACGAAAAUUAAAAGAUUUGAAAAUUAAAGUUCAAUCUGGAGCUAGAGCUAUUAUAAUAUUGACAGAAUUAGAAAAUCUUGAAUGUUUAGAAUUAAAUUAUCAGGAACUCACGAAAGAAGCAAUAAUUGCAAUUUCAAAUAAUUGUAAAAAACUCAAACAUUUGGAAAUUCCAUAUUGUCAAAUAAAAUCUUGUCCAUUUUCUCUUGAUCAUUUAUCAAAACUGCAGUACCUUGAAUAUUUAGAUUUGUCAGGUAUUAAAAUACUUCAAGAUAGUACUAUUAUUCUUAUUGCUGAUGAAUGUAAACACUUGAAAUAUUUGAAAAUAAAAGGAUCCAACCAACUUACUGAGGUUGGUUUUGAAGCUUUAACGAGCUUUGAAAAUUUGCAAAAAUUAUCGAUAAACAGGAACACGGCUAUCACAAACAAUUUUGUUGAAAAAUUCAAAGGAUUAAGAGUUUUAAAUUGUCGUGGUUGCAUCAACCUCUCUGAUGCUGGUAUCAUUCAGGUCAUCAAAAAUUGUCCAGAUCUCGAACGACUGGAUCUCUGUGACAUGGAUAAGAUUACACUUGAUACGAUUAUUGCUGCUGAUUUGGCAACAAAAAAUCGUAUAAAUGAUAUUGUUUUGCAUAUACAUAUCUCUAAUUGGACGCUUCAUAAAAAUUCUGAGUCUAUAAUUGAAUCUCAAUGGUUGUUAACUAGGUUUUUCUCCACAUCAUAA